UAACCCCCUCUCAUAUUCGGCUGUCGUCACGGGCUUGGAUAUUGAUGUCUUGGUUGAAGGCUAAAGACUGGGCAUCGGGCGUGGAAUACUCCAGCCUGUUUCACUCAGGGCUGCGAGCUAUCUCCCUCCGCUCCCUCAUAGGCACGCGCACCCGAGCUCAAUCUACAGCCCCGAUUUCUUCACCGGAAAAGACAAAGCGGAGAUAUUCUCUCUCUUUGUCAUCUUGUCUGCUCAAACGAGGUUUCUCAACUAAGAGUCCUCCCACAUCCAAAUCUAGUCUGUCUCCACCUUGCACAGAAAAAUGUGUGCGUCCACGGCCUUCGUCUAUGUUCGUAUGCUCCACCAAUGAGCUGUGUGAGCCCUGGGGAAAGGGAGGGAGCUUCUUUGAUAACAUCUAUGGUCAUCAGAAGUUGAUCCAAGAUGGAACUGAUGGUCUACCUUUGCCCAUCAUGGACUUGGGAGAUCCGUUUUCUUCAUCGCCUCAAUCAAAAUCGUUUUAUGUGAACCUAGGGGACCCAUCGCCUCUUCCACCCAAAGAAGAGUCUUUCCUCUCUUUGUCAAAUGAUAUAGAUACCUUCUAUAGACCAGUCCGUCGCGAGCGUCCGCUCUCUGCCCAAACUAUGCCUCUGCCUUCUUGUAGAUUUUCUGGGCACUACCGGCGCGAGCGCAGGGAACGUAUCGAUCCUGCGUGGAUGCUGGAAGAAUCAAGUCCAGAAUUGGAGGCCCAGGACGAUGGAGAGAAUGUUGAUGUUACAGAAGUAAAUCUUGACGGUGUGUCGGAUUGGCGCCAGUUCCACGUUGAUUGGCUCCAGAACGAGCCUGCUGUGCAAUUGACUUCCGGGAUAUAAUUAUUGCCGCUUUAUUGUGAUCCUACUGUACUGUAUGUAAUUCA